UCUUAACUUUCAUCGCGUUGGUAAUUAUUUAAUAAGCAUUUGUCUAUCUCUAAUUGAUUUGUAGGUUUAAUUUCGCUCUCCGUUCAGCUUAAAACUGUGGCUUCCGAAAAUGAGUCUGUUGACAAAUUUAUACUGACUCAUCCCCGUUUUCAUAUAUACCAUCUUCGUGUUCUUUAGGGCCGUGAUUUUUCUCAAAGUGAACUUGAAGCUACUGACCUUACACUUCCCCCCACGAUAAAAGUUCUGCAAAGAUUUGUGGAUCUUGGGCUGCAUUUUACAAGGCCUGCAAGGUGUUUCCAAACCUUUGGGGCUUAGAGUAGAAAAGGCUGGUUGUGCGCUACGGAGGGAGAACGCGCCUCAUGAGGCAUUGUGUUGACAGCGUGUAGUCUCCAUUACCGGGAAGAACAGGGGCAGGCGCACGCCCCCUCCUCACCUGCCACGCGGUGGCCGCCCUUCGGGUUUCCUUCGCGCCGCGCGCCAACUGCUUCCGGGUCGCAGUGGACGUCGUUUCCGUAGCAGCAUGGCGGCCACGGAGGACGAGCGGCCGGCUGGGAGCGGUGACGGAGAGCGGCUGGAUUUCCUGCGGGACCGGCACGUGCGGUUCUUCCAGCGCUGCCUCCAAGUCUUGCCGGAGCGCUACUCUUCGCUUGAGACCAGCAGGUUGACUAUCGCGUUUUUUGCGCUCUCUGGGCUGGACAUGUUGGACUCCUUAGAUGUGGUCAACAAAGAUGAUAUAAUAGAGUGGAUUUACUCCCUGCAGGUCCUUCCCACAGAAGACAGAUCAAACCUAAAUCGUUGUGGUUUCCGAGGCUCUUCAUACCUGGGUAUUCCAUUCAAUCCAUCAAAGAAUCCUGGAACAGCUCAUCCUUAUGAUAGUGGCCACAUAGCAAUGACCUACACUGGCCUUUCAUGCCUAGUUAUUCUUGGAGAUGACCUAAGCCGAGUAAAUAAAGAAGCUUGCUUAGCAGGCUUGAGAGCCCUUCAACUAGAAGACGGGAGUUUUUGUGCAGUACCAGAAGGCAGUGAAAAUGAUAUGCGAUUCGUAUACUGUGCUUCUUGUAUUUGCUAUAUGCUCAACAACUGGUCUGGCAUGGAUAUGAAAAAAGCUAUCAGCUAUAUUAGAAGGAGUAUGUCCUAUGACAAUGGGUUGGCACAGGGAGCUGGACUUGAAUCUCAUGGAGGAUCAACUUUUUGUGGCAUUGCAUCACUGUGCCUCAUGGGUAAACUAGAAGAAGUUUUUUCAGAAAAAGAAUUGAACAGGAUAAAGAGGUGGUGUAUAAUGAGGCAACAAAAUGGUUAUCAUGGAAGACCUAAUAAGCCUGUUGACACUUGUUAUUCAUUUUGGGUGGGAGCAACUCUAAAGCUCCUGAAAAUUUUCCAAUACACUAACUUUGAGAAAAAUAGAAAUUACAUUUUAUCAACUCAAGAUCGUCUUGUAGGGGGGUUUGCCAAGUGGCCAGAUAGUCAUCCAGAUGCUUUGCAUGCAUACUUUGGGAUUUGUGGCCUGUCACUAAUGGAGGAAAGUGGCAUUUGUAAAGUUCAUCCUGCCCUGAAUGUAAGCACACGGACUUCUGAACGCCUUCGAGAUCUCCAUCAGAGCUGGAAAACCAAGGACUCUAAACCUUGCUCAGAGAAUGUACAUAUCUCCACAUGACUGACUUUAAGAUUGGGGGGAGGGGGGAUUUGUAGCAUAACUGUAGCUCAAGGUUAAAAGCCAUGUAUAACCAAGUGUGCUCUUUUUUCUAAGAGGUAGAGUCUUACAAUCGAAUCUUGUGCUGAUGUCACUUUGGAAUAUGGCCUUGAGCCAGUAACCUUUGUACUAGGUUUCAGGAAAAUCUUUGCUGAAAUUUGAGCCUCAGUGGACUCUGCUGUGGUUCUUAAAUGUUUAUACUAUAUUUCUAAGUUCUUUGGGGCAGAUUAACUAUAUGUAGGUAGAUCAUCUUUUUAAAAACUCUUCAAUACAAAAUUGUAUCAUAUAAAAUGGACCCAAAUCUUCAAAAGAAGUUUACAGUUCAUAUAGCAUUGAUAAUCUUCGGGUGAACACUUAGUGAUCAUUUAAAGAGUUUGCUGAUGGUAGAACAUUGCUUUAAUGAAUUAAGUAUCUGGGAUUAUUCUUUGAAAACAUGAUCCCAUAAUUUUUAGAAAGAAGGAUGACUUAUUUUGUCUUAUUCUUAAGUAAAAUGUGCCAAUUAAACUUUUGUGGACUAUACACAUGAAAUUAACUUCAUAGCAAGAAUGACUAGGCUUAACUAACACAAUAAUUUUUUAAAGAGAGAUUGUUUUAAAAAGACUAUUAUGUAACUGAGGGAGAAGUAAUUUAAUUAUGUAACUGUGAAUGGGAAAGUUUUGUGCUGUGCAGGUCAUUUAUUUUAGGUGUUGCUGGGGCAAAUAACAGUUAUGUUUGAUUACAAUCUCAAAUAAUUAGUUGUUUUUGUUUUUUGUUGUUGUUGUUGUUGUUGUUUUCCUUUAUGCAGAGAAAACAGUCUUACCGGAAAGGAAAGACAUUUAGUGGUUUUGCUUUUUUUUCUGAGAUAUACUGUAAAUUAUACUUUCAUAACUGAGUUAUUUUUAGCCGUUUGUGGGGGGGGUUUUUUUAGUUUGUUGCCCCCAAGGUGUUAGUGUGUUAGCUGCUUUAAUUUCAAACUGAUGAUUUUCUAAUCUUUUCAAAUUAAAUAAGUGAACAUUUAAGAAAAAAAAAACUAGCACCAUUCAAGUAAGUUUAAUGGUGUAGCUCCAUACAUGGUCAUUCAUAUUUUUAUAUUUUCAGGUAAGUGGGAGAGAAAUGUAUCAUUUAGAAGUUAAGGACUGUGGUUUAGGUUUUGCUUGUCUUUAUUUUGUUUUCUUCAUUCUAUGACCUAGCUGACUGUUAAGGGGUUAGUGUAAAAACUCAUCUUAAUUAGGAGUUCCCUGGUGGCCUAGUGGUUAAGGAUUCAGUGUUGUCACUGCUGUGGCUUGGGUUUGAUCCCUGCCCAGGGACUUCUACACAUGCCAUGGACAUAAAAAAGAACUCUUCUUUACUAAUAAUCAAUUUUUUUAUUUUUUGUCUUUUUGUCUUUUCUAGGGCCACUUCCCGCGGCAUAUGGAGGUUCCCAGGCUAGGGGUCUAAUUGGAGCUGUAGCCACUGGCCUAUGCCACAGCCACAGCAAUGCGGGAUCUGAGCCACAUCUGUGACCUACACCACAGCAACGCCGGAUCCUUAACCCACAUAGCAAGGCCAGGGAUCGAACCCGCAACCUCAUGGUUCCCAGUCGGAUGCGUUAACCUCUGUGCCACAACGGGAACUCCCUAAUAAUCAAUUUAUUAAUAAAUUACAUCCAUCUCUGUUGCUUAAUGACAUUCAAAAUUAUUAAGGUAUUGCUAAAAUGGAGAAGGAAAUCUUUUCACUAAAAGAUCUAGGUUUAAGUUAAAGUCGUGAUGAUAAUAAAUGUUGGUAUAAAAAACUAAGUUACUAGUAUCACUGUUUUAGGUAUUGUAAUAUUUAACUCUUUAUUUUAAUUUCCUUCCUCGAAUGGAAACAAAACCCCCUUAAAUAAUGGUACUUUCCAAGGGAAAUCUAGUAAAUACUUUGAAAAAUUAUUGAUUUAUUAUUGGCGUGCCUAAUUUUUAAUCUCAAUUUGCCAGAGUCAACUUUUUUUAAUUAAAUAUAAAAUUAGUUUUCUGAUGGUGGGGAAAAAAUAAGCUUAACAACAUAUAUCAUCCCUCCAUGAGUUAUUCCAGUUGUACCUGUUUGAAUCCUGACAAAUUAAGACAUCUAUGUCUCAAACUAGGUCAUCUCUUAGACUUCUGGAAUUAAGAUGGCAUAUAUGUAAUGACUUUAGAACUAUAUAAAAAGCCCAGAUUGUUUUUCCUGAAUUGCCCUUGGUGGAUGGAAGCUUAAAAAGUUAGUAGUAUAACAGUAUUCAUAAAUGGAGGCGAAUUCCAAGGUCAAAGUAUUUCAUAAAACUAUUAAGAAAUAUUUCUAACUCCUUAUAUUAUUUUAAUAGCAUAAGAUUUAUAUAUGACAGUAUGAUUCUAAUUGAUAUACUCAUGCGAGGCCUUCUUGUGAAACUUUAUGGACCUGGGAAUGUUCACAUUCCACAGCAGCUUACUGACCAAAAUACCAGGCCAUUGUGAGUUAUGGAGAAACUACCCCUAACUUUUUCUAAUUAUUUAUUUUAAAAAGGUAUUAAUAAAAUAAAUUAUAAGCAAUAUUUCAUGUAUGUACUUGGUUCUUUAGCAGUGGAGAUGGAAUGAGAAGGGGAAUAUGAAGUCUCACUUAACUGUUCCCUUUGUUCUCUCCCCAGUCCCAGUAUGGUAUAUUUUGGAAGAUAAUAGGAGAAACUUUUUUUUGAGCAUCUGCAUAAAGACAAGGUUCAUUAGGUUGUAAACAUAGUUCAACGUAUUUAUCAUCUACAGUGCUUUUAGAUUUGACUAGUGUAUAUAUUUUAUUAGACCUUUAAAUAAUUAUUUAUAAAUAUUCAAAUUCAAAUAGAAAUUUUGCCAACAGUGGCAUAUAGUUUGAAACUGUUGGACCUGAUAAUAUUUGAGAGUCACUUGAGUAAGGAGGUGCCCUGGAGUCAGAUGACUUGGAUUGAAACUCCAGAUCUGCCAGUUCACCAGUGUAAUCUUGGACACUAACCUGCCUUUCGGUAAAAUGAGGGGGAAGGAAUUUAACUCCCAAGGUUUUUUUGAGGAUUAAGUAAUACACAUAAAGUACUUAGCAUAGUACUUGAGAUACAUAAGUUCCUAAUUAUAAUUUCUGUCAUAACCAUCAAAAAUUGUUAUUAAAACCUCUUUUCUAUAAUAGAAAUCUCACAGAGUUUAAACUUGAAAAUGGUGGCAGCAGUGUAUUUUUGAAUCUCCCCAUAUGAAUACAGUGUAACUAGGAUAGCCACAGACCUAUUCUAUAAAACUAGAUGACACAGUGUUCCCAUGAACUGAAAACACAAUUUUAUAAGGACAAACCACUGACCAACAUAGUUUCAGCAUCUGUGUGGGAGGAAGUGAGAGGCAGGCAGCUGGUUUCUGACAGCCUUGAGAAUGGAGCUGUAACACUGCCCACAGUUUCUCACUAGAAAGUGCAGUGGGCCAGUCUGAGAACAGAAGCUGAAACUGGGAGGAGUUCUACAGGUCCCCAUUUGCAGGUAAGUGUCAGAGCAAUAUAAUAUGGUCUGAUGAUUGUGCUAGAGCAGUCUGGGCCCUGUCUUUAUACAUCUUAAGACUAAUGAGACAAAGCCUAGCUAGAAUUAGUAUCUAAAUCGCAUAGGACACGUUGGGCAAAGAGAGAGUUCAGAUAAAUAUCAGGAAAGAAGGCCAAUAUACAUGGGCAUUAUGUGAAGACAUACAUAAUCUUUUAAAUCACUUUGCGAAAAUAAAACAGGAGCUUUAAGGCCAUAGAACAAAGAAAAGUCAUCCUGGAGCACCCCUCCCUCUUAAAAGUACAGAAAAACUCAUUUUACCAAAAAACAAAUCAAAACUGAGAAGGAUUACAGUCAAAUCUCUUUCAAAGUUGUUGUAAGAAAUAAGAGAAUAAGACCAGUGUCCCCACAGACAAUGAAGGCACACUAGAAGGUCACAACCACAAGACUGAUGAAAACUUAAUAUUUUUUUAAAAAUCCAUUGUGGCAGGAAAUGUAUAGUUUUAGAACUAUAUCAUUAGAAAUGGGAAAAGCUAAAAAUUAAAGUCAAGUCUUGAAAACUUGAUGAAAAAGCAAACCAGAAGAAAGUAGAAGGAAUGGAUUAACAAAACGGGGAAGGAGGGAAAGCAAGAUAGACAAACCAUCAGCCAGCCUAUUCAAGAAGAAAAGGGAAGAAGCAAAAAUAAAAAUUUAAAUGACAAGAGAGAAAUAACCAUAAAACAGGGAAAUUUUCAAAAUUAUAACACUACUUUGAAUAAUUUUAUAUAAUAAAUUAGAAAAUAACUUUUUUUAGAAAAGUACAAAUUGUUGCAACGGCCCAUAGUAGGUACAGAAAUUCAAAGCAAAUGGACUCUUUUUCCAAAAACAGCAUCAGACCCAAGUGUUUCAAGUGUAUUAUUUCUACCAAACCUUCACAAAUAAUCCCAAUAUUGUUAAAUGGUUCCAGGGUCUGUAAGAAGAAUCUUGAACCUCACAGGGCAAAAAAAA